AUGUCAUAUACAAAACAUGCAGAAGUGACUUACGCGACAUCGUCGGUACUACAAGCCCAGAGCAGUAGCAGGGAGAUUGUUGCCAUAGACACGAGUUUUGACAUUUCCUUUGGCGUCACCGAUGAGGUGAAAGACCUGAUAGACGUUGAUUCCCCCGACAUGUCACCGAUAGAACAACUGGAGCAAAAGGAGAAAGAGCAAGAACGUCUUAAGUCGCGGAUAAAGGGUGAAACCAUGCAAUUUCUGGACCUGUUGGAGACGGCAGCUGGCAAGCUGUUGGAUGAAGCAUUACCGAGAGGAGAGGGUGCACACAUCAGGUCAGACGGCGUGUUCACGGCAGUCAGGAAGGGCAUCCCUGAUGUUGGGACCAUUCCUAUCGAUCGGGAUAUCGGCACCAUCGUGCUAACAAAGAAAGAUGGCCUUCCUGAAGAUGCCAGUAUAACGGUUGUGAUGUUUGACGAUGAUCCUUUCGUGUGGAGUGAAGACAGUGCUGAAGUAUCCUCACCUGUAGUCAUGAUGACAAUCACCAAAGAUACCGAUGUCCAUGGAGGCCAGUCCCUCAAUGAUGCAGCAUCAAGCCUGCAGCCAAACAUCACCGUUGGUCUGAGGUCUAUGGUGCAGUUUGGGACCACGGAUGACACAGAAAAGCAGCAUCACGAGACCCUGCCGACAUCAUACAGGCAGAACCUCGAUGACGCAAAGAAAUCAUUCCCCCUGACCAAGCCUUCCAGCCAUGACACCAACAUGACGUAUCACGCCUUGUACACGGAGAAAGGAGGCCAGGUGCCUUUCCUCCGAUUCUCAGUCGAUGACGUCGACACCGAGCUACAGGUGUACGUACGGUUUCACUACUUCCCAACUGAAGAAGAAUACGACUACACAACAACUGUCAAAGCACCUGAAGUCACUGAUUAUGACGGCUUUGAGAUGCCGUAUGGCCUGGUCUACUCCAACUUCACAUUUCCAUUCGUUCCGGAGGUAGAGAGGUAUCAGACAGUGGUUUCCGACGACUGCUAG